AUGACCCUGAGCCACCACGUCGAGGUUGACGCCGCCCGCUUCCGCAAGGAGCUGCUGUUCGUCUGCUGCAAAAGCGACGACCCAACCACUGACCGCGUGCGGCAACUGCACGAUAUCCUGCCCAGCCCCACGGACAAGAUGCUGUCUCCAGAGAUCGUCCAGGGCCAGGUGAUCAUCUCGUCGCCCAAGGGCUUCUCCCACCAGGGGCUGGCCAUGAAGGUGGAGGGCAGCGCGCGUCUGCAGCUGUCCACCAAGAGCGCCGGCCUCUUCGACUCCUUCUACAACAACGUGGCGCCGCUGGAGCUCGUCUACUUCCACCUGCCAGUGGCCCCAGCAGGCAAAGUUCCUCCCGGAAUCUCCAAGUUCCCCUUCGAGUUCGAGUUGCAGGGCAACGACGGCCAGGAGCUGCUGGAGACGUACCAUGGAGUGUACGUGUCUGUGAAGUACGAGAUCGUGUGUGACUGCAUUCGCGGCAUCAUGAAGAACAAGCUGCACAAAACGUUAGAGUUUGUGGUGGAAGUGCCGCUUCGGGAACCAUUGCCGGACUCACCGGAGGAAUUCCACAUUACCCCGGAGUCUUUGGAGAACGUUCGUCCGCAAAGUCUGUCGGCGAUGCCGUAUUUUCACAUUACCGGCAAGGUUCACCGCACGAAUUGCCCUGUAAACUUGCCUUUUACAGGAGAAAUCAUUACCGAGGAAGCGAAAAGCCCGAUUAAAUCGGUGGAGCUGCAACUGAUUCGGGUUGAGAGCGUGGCGCAUGCUGCUUUCAAGGUCGAGUUCGAAACCAACGUUGUAGUGCUGUUCGAGAACGGGAACAUGAUUACAGAAAACUUUCCGAUCACGUUGUAUCGGUAG